UGUUGAUCAAGAAACUUGUUGCUCACGAAUCCGGAGUUCCAGACUAAAAAGAUACUUGUUGAUCACGAAGUAUCUGUAGUAUAUAUAAGUAGAGUAUGUCUGUUAGUCUUCGGACCUAGACCGUUGUCUCUUCUAGCCAGAAAUUAAUCAAGAAGCUAGCUGAAAUUCAGAGCGAUGGAGAAAAUUGCCUGGCUGAUAUUGGUGUUCUUGAUUGGCAAAUGUUACAUCAACUCAUCAGAGAUAAAAGUUUUGCAGGUUCAAGUCCACCAAAUGAAGGAGGAUACGAUUUCGAAGCUGAUGGAGACUCUUAAGCAAAAUCAGCUUGAUAUGGAAAAGAGAAUCAACGAGAAAUGUGAUCCUGUUAAGUUGAUCCGGAGUCAAUUGGAUGUAGCCAAGGCGCUUAACGGAAUCGCCAAUGGUUCUAAAUAAGUAAUUUUAGUGUGGAUCGAUCCAAAUUUUUGGAAAAUGUCAUUGUAAUAAUCACUCAAGUUUAGAAGUUCUUUUUCCAAACUAAACAUAUCAUUUGGUGAACAAAUUAGAAAUGGCGUAGCUAAGUAGAGAUUCUUUCUUCACCAGGUGGAUAUUAAAAUUGUGUUGAUGAUGAUGUAGAUUGACCCGGAAAAAUACAAAAGCGUUAUCUCUGGAUUUGGAGUUAUGUUCAGGGAGCAAGGAAUUAGAGGUUUCUUUAGGGGUUGGGCGCCCACUUUGAUUGGUUACAGUGCUCAGGGUGCCGGCAAGUACGGCCUCUACGAGUUCUUUAAGAAGCACUAUGCAGAUAUUGCAGGACCUGAGCAUGCAACCAAGUACAAAACCUUGAUCUAUCUCGCAGGUUCUGCAUCUGCUGAAGUGUUUGCUGAUGUUGCCCUCUGUCCUAUGGAAGCUGUCAAAGUUCGAGUCCAGACUCAGCCAGGGUUCGCCAGAGGUUUGUCAGAUGGGCUACCAAAGUUUAUCAAAUCCGGAGGCGCUCUCGGGUUGUACAAAGGGAUUGUUCCUCUUUGGGGACGCCAAAUUCCUUAUACAAUGAUGAAAUUUUCAACUUUCGAGAAAUUUGUCGAGCUCACUUACAAGCAUGUGAUCCCAACACCGAAAGAGCAGUGCAGCACACCCUUGCAGCUCGGAGUGAGCUUUGCGUGUGGAUAUGUGGCUGGUGUGUUCUGUGCUGUUGUUUCACACCCUGAUGAUAACUUGGUGUCUUUCCUCAACUAUGCCAAGGGGGCAACUGUUAGUGAUGCUGUGAAGAACCUAGGAGUGUGGGGUCUUUUCACCCGGGGUCUUCCUCUUCGUAUAGUCAUGAUCGGAACCCUUACCGGAAGCCAAUGGGGUAUCUAUGAUGCCUGCAAAGUUUUCAUGGGCGUAACAACUACUGGCGGCGCCGCUCCUGCUGCCACUGAGCUUGCCAAUGCUUGAAUCCAAAACUGAUGGAUGUCAAACCCCAUUCUUUUAGUUCAAGGAAUUACAAACUAUCAAAAGACUUCAUAGUUCAUACUAUCAAUUCUACCGGUAGUCAUUUUUUAUUUUUUGUUACUUUUUUUGUAAAAUUAUCAUCUCAGUUGGUCAAAAACAGAGAAGGCAGCAGAUUAUAUUUAUCAGGGAUUAUGCGGAAAGCCGAGUUUCUGACUUCUGAGGUUGGCAUCAAGAGCUUUAGGCUCUCUUCUGUUCUGCCAUAGGGAAGGCAUGCUGGAACAACAUGUUCAGUUCCUGGUUUGCCUUUUCCCAAAGAAUUAUGUUCUCAUGAGGAGUUUGAGUGCAACGUAGC